AUGGCCGAAAAAGCCGGACUAGCCGCGAACAUCGCCGUUCUCAUCAAGCUCUCUGGCGAAGUCACCACUCUAUGCAUUGAGUACUCUGCUGCAGACAAAAAUAACCCCGAAAUCUCCAAGCUACAGUCUCGCGUAGAGGGGCUUGGCACGGCACUCAAAGCCACCCAGAAGUUUGUCGAAAGCCGCGAUGGCCAAAAGCUUACUGUAUCCCAGGAAACCCUGGACGUCAUUGAUAUCUGCAACAAGAAGCUCUCCAGUAUAAAGAAGGCGUUAGAGGAGAACAAGGAAGGAAAUUUGCAUCGGCGAUGGAGUACGCGUACAUUGAAGUGGCCGUGGAAGAGAGCCCAGCUUGACAAAAUCAUCUCACAACUGGAUCGUUACGAGCAGGUCAUUACUCUCGCCUUGGAACCCGAUAAAACCGGAAUACUCGGCAACAUUAUUCGUGGACUCGACAACGUCUCCCACCAGCACCUGGACAUCGCAUCUCGCAUUGGCUGCUUCAGUGUCCCAUUUCUGUCUAACCCGGACUUUAUAAAUCGACCUGAGAUUCUCAAGUGGAUGAAGGAACAGCAUGAUACCCAUGCUGGGCGCAUUGCAUUAAUCGGCAGAGACGGGCUUGGAAAAUCACAGAUGGCACUCCACUUCGCCGAAAAAAUGCACGACAAGGACCACAGAUGUAGCGUCUUUUGGAUAGACGCGAGCUCCAAACCAAUGUUUGAACACUCGUUCCGAUCCCUCGCAGACACGCUCCAACUCCCUGGACGCCACAAUCCCAAAGCCAACUGCCUCGUACUUGUUAGUGACUGGCUCAAUAAGGAAGAAGCUGGGCCAUGGGUUAUGGUCCUGGACAAUGUCGAGGACGGCAUCUUGAAUUCCAAGGAGGAUGACACUCAACUUGCAGCGCUCCUCCCAUGGCGACGCACCGGUUGUCUCAUCGCCACCACGCGCAGCCAAGUUGUUGCCGAGAGCCUCGCUAUACUCCCCAAGGCAAUCUACGAGGUUGACGCAAUGAGCGACGCCCAAGCCAUGCGUCUCUUCCGAGGCAAGAUAAAUCGGUCCAAACUUGAAGACAGCUACGAUGCUAAUUCAGCUCGGAAACUUGUUCGAGCUCUGGAUCACUGCCCACUCGCAAUUUCCAUUGCCGCCGCCUUCAUUGUUCAUCUUGCAUCCGAAAUGACGACUGAGAGCUAUCUGGAUCAAUUCUUGACAGUUGGUCAGCAAAAGGAUAGUCUGUUGAGCAAGCAAGGGGGCCAUCUUGCACUAGACGAGACUGUCCCGGCUCCUGUUGUUGCAGCAUGGGAAAUGUCGUUUAGACGAAUGGAACAGAGAGAGCUAUCUGUGGCGAGGCUACUCUCUUUGAUGAGUAUUUUCAAUCCUCAAGAAAUCCCUACCUUGGGGUUGCAGCGCUACAUGUUCGACGUUGAUUGGAGGGUCAGGCGCCAACUAACCAAAGAUCUGAGGACCCUCUGCGCGUUGGGUCUCGUGUCAGAUUCAGCCUCGGGAGAUACUUAUCAGAUGCACCCUCUGAUCCAAACUUGUACACGCGCUUGGCUGACUCAGUCUGGAAAGAUGGAGUACUGGAAGCGGCGUUUCUUAAGCGACAUGACCGCCCAGUUUCCGAGUGUCCCAGGCGGUGGGAACCGAUCUACUUGCCAAGCACUUCUUCCUCAUGUUGAACGACUGUUUGCUGAGGAACCUGACGACAACAGUCUCAAUGACUGGGUCGUCUUGCUGAGACGCUGCGCAUUGUAUUUCAGAGACACCCAGAGAGGCGAAACAGCAAUCGAGUUGUCUAAAAAGGCACUGGCAAAAGCCGAGGCCGUCUGGGGCAGGGAAGACGUCAAGACCCAAACCUUGAUAGACCACACUGCUCUAUUCUUGGGCCACGAGCGUCGAUUCCAGGAAGAAGAAGCUCUCUUGGCCGAGCUUGUUGAGAUCAGAACUCGGACCCUUGGCGAGGAGCACACCAACACCCUCACCGCGAUGGACCUCCUGGCAGACUCAUACUGCAAGCAGAAGCGUUUCAAAGAAGCGGAGGAACUUUUUCUGUCCGUUAUUGAGAAACAAAAGAGGACUCUGGGAGAGCAUCAUCACGGUACGCUCACCACCAUGAGGCGGCUUGCGGGCCUCUACCGAAAGAACGACAAGAAGGAGGAAGGUCUCAAACUCUUUACUGUACUAGAAAAGGUCAACAGAGAUUCAAAGAAAGACAGCCAAUACGACACAGACGCAGUCAACCUGGCAAUAGCACACAUGGACUUUCAGCAGUACACGGAAGCAGAGGAGUUGUUGAAACCGGCAGUGGAGAGACUAACAAGGACCCGGGGACAUAAUGAAGGAAUUACCCUGUGGGCAACGUCUGUUCUCGCAGGGGUGUAUAAGCGGCAGAAGCGCUACAAGGAGGCGAUUGCUCUCGCGCAGUGGUGUCUUCCCUUGCUGGAACAAGUCUGUGGUCAGGAUCACCAUCGCACGGUGUACACGCGGAGUCUAUUGGCGAGUCUGAGGAAAGCAUAG